ACAGCAAGGCCAUCGUGGACGGGAACCUGAAGCUGAUCCUGGGGCUGAUCUGGACGCUGAUCCUGCACUACUCCAUCUCCAUGCCCAUGUGGGAGGAUGAGGAGGAGGAGGACGAAGCUCGGCGGCAGACCCCCAAGCAACGCCUCCUGGGCUGGAUCCAGAACAAGGUGCCCCAACUGCCCAUCACCAACUUCCACCGCGACUGGCAGGACGGGAAGGCACUGGGAGCACUGGUGGACAACUGCGCCCCCGGUAUCGAGCCCCAGGGCAACGUGGUUUUGAGACCCGCCCAGUUCACGGUGGAGACCCUCGACGCCGGGGUGGGAGAGGUCCUGGUCUACGUGGAGGACCCUGAAGGUCACACCGAGGAGGCCAAGGUGGUGCCCAACAACGACAAGAAGAGGACCUACAGCGUCACCUACGUGCCCAAGGUUGGGGGGCUACACAAGGUGACGGUGCUGUUCGCGGGGCAGAACAUCGACAAGAGCCCCUUUGGUGUCAACGUGGGCAUGGCCUUGGGGGAUGCCAACAAGGUGACAGCGCGUGGCCCCGGCCUGGAGCCCGUCGGCAACGUGGCCAACAAGCCCACCUACUUCGACAUCUACACCGCAGGGGCCGGCCCGGGCGACGUGGGGGUGGUGAUCGUGGACCCCCAAGGCCGGCGGGACACGGUGGAGGUGAUGCUGGAGGACAAAGGGGACAACAUCUACCGCUGCACCUACCGGCCCGUCCUGGAGGGGCCACACACCAUCUGUGUCACCUACGCUGGCGCCCAGAUCCCCAAGAGCCCCUUCACCGUCAACGUGGCUGAAGCGUGUACCCCCUCGGCCUGUCGGGCCACCGGGCGGGGGCUGCAGCCCAAGGGGGUGCGGGUGCAGGAGGUGGCCGACUUCAAGGUGAUGACCAAGGGCGCCGGCACCGGGGAACUGCGGGUGCUCCUCAAGGGACCCAGGACACGGAGAUAUGAGAUGCCACCACCAACCCCAUGGUGGGGUGAGGUGACACCAGGGGGGUGCGGUCACCCGGGUGAUGACGUCACCGGUGGGGUUGUCCCCGUGUCCCCAGGGUUCUCCAUCGAGGGCCCCUCCCAGGCCAAGAUCGAGUGCGAGGACCGGGGGGACGGCUCCUGCGACGUGCGCUACUGGCCCACCGAGCCCGGGGACUACGCCGUCCACGUGGUCUGCGACGACGAGGACAUCAAGGACAGCCCCUUCAUCGCCCACAUCCUGCCCGCGCCCCCCGACUCCUGGCCUGAGAAGGUGGGGACCCACUGCGACCCAUAG